GUUGGCUAUUAAUUUAUACAUGCUGGGGAGGCUCGCAGAUAAGUGACAAUUUAUUAAUUAUCUUCCAGCUCGGUUGCAACGGAGCUGAUUGCAGAUGGGUUGCCAAAAUAACUCGAGCAUGGUUGCGUGGUAGUUGCUUUCAGGAAAAAAAAAUUCAUUCUCCCCCUUCUUAAAAAAAAAAAAAAAAAGAAGAAGAAGAAAAAAAAAAUCCUCACGCUCACUCGGAGUGGCUCUUCUAACCCCAGCAAGAACUGGAGCACUCUUUUCCACCCAACUUGUGAAUCGCACUUGCCUUCUAAUUUGCCACAUGCAAAACGAUUCCUCUGCUUUGCAAGUUGCUUUUUAAGAAGGGAGAGAGAGAGGAAAAAACCCAGCUCGCACACGAGCGAUUUGCGCGUCUUAAACUGGAAGGAAAUUGUGCGUGGAGAGGGGGGGGAGCUCCUCUUCCUCUCUCUGCCCCAACCCACCGCGCUCCAGCCCGGCGCCUGGGCUCGGGGAAGAUCCAUGGUGGCAUCCCCGUGUCAUUCUGCUCCAAGUGACUUCAUGUGAUGUCAGCUUUAAAUGUACGAGACCGCGAUCUGACGCUCAGGAAGAUGUUUGCUAUCAAAAUGUGACUGUGGCCACACUGAGCUGCUUGGAUGCGUCUCGCCGGCACUGGGCAAAGAGCCGAGAGCGGGAGCGAGUCGCUGCUCACACCAAGUUCCCGCACGGCGGAGCGACAUGGCGAGCUCGGGGUCGCUGGAGACGGUCAUGCCUUCUCCCUGCCCCCGGCACGACGGCAGGGCCGCCGCCGCUAACCCCUCCAAGACCCUGGCCUUCUCCAUCGAGAGGAUCAUGGCCAAGACGUCGGAGCCCAAGCCAGCCUUCGAGCAGAGGCACGGCGGGCCGGGGCCGGAGCCGGAGCCGGGCAAGAAGCCGCUGAGCCUGUGCUCGCCCCUUCCCUGCGUGAUUCCCAUCCCGCCGCUGGGCUACGAGGUGCCCUCCAAGACUCUCCUCAACUACUCGGAGCUGUGGAAGAGCAGCCUGCGGGGCGGCGCGGGGCUCUGCAAAGCCAACUGCGGCGUCUGCUGCAAGGCAGAGCUCGCCCUGGGCCAGCCCAGCGGCCGGCUCAUCAAGCCGCAGGUCAUCCAUCAAGCGGGGGCCGUGCCGGCAGCCCCCCGCUCCCUCUACUACUUCAACUACCUGGACGCCGCGUACCACCCGGCCGACAUCCUGCACGGACAGCUCUUCCCCGCCGGCCUGCUGGGCGCCCCGCCGCCGGGGGGGCUCUCGGCCCACCAGAAGCUUUUCCUGCUGGAGAACGCCAAGCUGGCGGGGCUGGCGGCCGAGAAGCUGCCGCCGCCGCCGCCUUUCGCCCACAAGGAACGGCUGCCGGGACACCUGGACCAGGUGAUGAAGGAGGCGGCGGCGGCGGAGCGCGGCGGCCCCCCCAAAGGCCACGCCAAGCUGGGGGGCGGCGGCGGCGGCGGGGCGGCGGAGGGCAAACCCAAAAACUUCACCUGCGAGGUCUGCGGCAAGGAGAAACCCCACAAGUGCAACCAGUGCGGGAAGGCGUUCAACAGGAGCUCCACGCUCAACACCCACAUCCGCAUCCACGCCGGCUACAAGCCCUUCGUCUGCGAGUUCUGCGGCAAGGGCUUCCACCAGAAAGGCAACUACAAGAACCACAAGCUGACCCACAGCGGAGAGAAGCAGUACAAGUGCACCAUUUGCAACAAAGCCUUCCACCAGAUCUAUAACUUGACUUUCCACAUGCACACCCACAACGACAAGAAGCCCUUUACGUGCGUCACUUGCGGGAAAGGAUUUUGCAGAAACUUUGAUUUAAAGAAGCACGUCCGAAAGUUGCACGACAGCGUCUCCAGCGCUCCUCCGCCGCCGCCGCGGGACCCUGGGCGCAGCGGGCAGAGCUAAGGGCCCGGCGUAGCCCCCCCCCUCCUCCUCCUCCUCGUCCCCCCAACUCGGACCUGCUCCACCGGGCCAGCACUAUUUAUCCAAACCAGCCUUUGCUUCUCUUGUCUUUUCCCCAGCGAGCUCAGCCGCCGGUAGCAAGCGAUCCCGAGCCGCAGUUGUAUAUAAGAGGAAUCUUAUUUAACGGCGCGUUGCGCCGCCGGAGCGGGCCAGGAGGGGCCGGGUUGGCCGCCCCCCCGCCAGGACAGCGCUCUUUAUACGUGUCUGUAAAUCUCCAUUUUAAAUGUACGCUCGAAUAAGUGAGGAAUAUAUAUAUAUCUAUAUCUAUCUAUCAUGGGACAAUAAACCGGCCCUUCGCAGG